AUGGUCAUAUCCGCAACUGGUCAUGAUAAUAUAUCAAACGCCUCACCAGGGGAACCAGUUCACCUCAGCUCAGCAGCAGCAGCAGCAGCAGCCGCGGACCUAGAAGGCAAUGAGAGGUCAUCCCUCCUGACCCCGUCAGCGGAAGCAGACGAUGACGGCGACGGCGACGGCAACGGCGACCUCCUCACCGCCCACGAGGCGCGCGACCUGUCCCGCGGCCUGGCGGAGCGGCACCUGUCCAUGCUCGGCAUCGCCGGCGCCAUCGGGACCGGACUCUUCCUGGGGCUGGGGGGAGCGGUGCAGACGGCCGGACCGGCGGGCGCGCUGAUAGGCUACGCCGUCAUCGGCCUGGUGGUGUGCGCCGUGCAGUUCGCGCUGGGGGAGGCGGCGGCGCUGCUGCCGGUGACGGGCUCCUUCGUCCGGCACGCCGAGUUCCUGGUCGACCCGGCCCUGGGCGUGGCGCUGGGGUACAACCUCGUGUACGGCAACAUGCUGUCGAUACCGUCUGAGAUGACGGCCAUCUGCGUGCUGGCCCAGUUCUGGUUCCCGGACUCGGACACGGCCGUGCCCGUCGUCGUCAUCGUGCUGUCCAUCCUGCUCACCGUCGCCGUCGGCAUGUCGCGCAUCCGCGUGCUCGGCGAGGUCGAGUACGUCUUCGCCUGGCUCAAGGUCCUGCUCGUCGUGGGCCUGGUCAUCAUGGGCGUCGUCAUCGCCGCCGGCGGCGUCGACGGCACCCCCGCCGUCGGCUUCCGGUACUGGCGCGACCCCGGCCCGUUCGUCGAGUACCUCGUCGCCGGCUCGACCGGCCGGUUCCUGGGCGUGUGGGAGGUCCUCACCGGCGCCGUCUUCUCCUUCGCCGGCGUCGAGUCCAUCGCCGUCGCCGCCGCCGAGACGCGCAACCCGCAGAGGGCCAUCCCGGCCGCCUGCAAGCAGGUCUUCCUGCGCAUCCUGCUCUUCUACGUCUCCUCCAUCAUCGUCGUCGGCAUGCUCGUCGCCAGCGACGACGACCGGCUCGACGGCCAGUCCGGCGACGCCGCCCAGAGCCCCUUCGUCAUCGCCGCCCAGGCCGCCGGCGUCCGCGCCAUCCCGUCCAUCGUCAACGCCGUCGUCAUCACCUCGGCCUGGUCCUCGUCCAACCAGAGCCUGCUCGCCGGCUCCCGCGUCCUCUACGGCCUCGCCCUCAAGCGCCAGGCCCCCGCCGUCUUCCUCAGGACCACCUCCUGGGGCACGCCCUACGCCUGCAUCGCCCUCUUCACCGCGCCCAUGUUCCUCAGCUUCCUCACCCUCUCCAGCCGCGCCAUCAACGUCUUCUGGAUCUUCGUCGACCUCACCGCCGCCGGCGUCCUGGUCUCCUGGUCCUCCAUCCUCCUGAACCAUAUCCGCCUCCGCACCGCCAUGCGCGUCCAGGACAUCCCCCUGUCCAGGCUGCCUUGGCAUAACCGGGCUACGCUCCGUACCUCUCAGGCCGCUCUUGUCAUGUGCCUGACCGUCUUGCUGACCAGCGGGUUUUCCGUGUUCUUUCCCGGCCAUUGGGAUACCAGCACCUUCAUCUCGUCAUAUCUGUACGUCUCUUCUCUCCUCCCCCCCCUUCACCCGGCUCGCCCGCUCGCUCCGUCCACCCCGCUCGCUGACACGCCCAGCGACAUCCCCCUCGUCCUGGGAGCCUACCUGAUAUGGAAGUUCCUCAAGAAGACCAGUAUCGUCAGUCUCAAGAGCAUCCCCCUCGUCGAAGCGCUAGAUCAGGCCGACAAGGCGAGGGAGAGAAUGUCCCGAGAGAUCUGA